AAAACAUCAAUUUAUAGCAUAUGCUUGGACAAUUUUUUUUUUUAACAGCAGCCACCUCAUUUUUUUUUCUGGUCUCUCUCAAAUUCACUAUUGAUAUCUUCAUCUGUCUUUGUUCGUCUUCUCUGCAGGCUUGAUCUUCAGGAAAUUGUGGAUACCUUACCAUACGACAAAACUGUUGAUUUUCUGAGGUUUCUCAUAGAACUCUACCAACUCACGGAUAUCAAGAAACUUGAAAAGCAAAGAGGCAUAGAGAAAGCCUUGCUUUGAAGUGUUUAACGUGGAUUAAACCCUAAAACUUUGACGUCGUCAUUUUUUAAAGAUAUAAAAAGGGAGAUUUCGCACACCGUUCAGAAACAAUGGCUUCGUUUGGAUCUCUUAAGCAGGCUAUCUUUGAUAGACAAACAAGAAAACAGCAAUACCAAGAUCACAUACGAGGCCUGAAUGCUUAUGAUCGCCACAAGAAAUUCCUCAAUGAUUAUGUUAGAUUUUAUGGAAGAGAGAGAUCCACACAAGAAAAGUUUCCUGUUAAAACAGAUCAGGAUACUCUUAAAGAGGGAUACCGAUUCAUACGAACUGAGGAAGAUGAUAUGAAUCCAUCAUGGGAGCAAAGGCUGGUGAAGCGCUACUAUGACAAGCUUUUCAAAGAAUAUUGUAUAGCUGAUAUGACACACUAUAAGAGUGGCAAGAUUGGUCUGAGAUGGAGGACUGAAAAGGAAGUGACAUCUGGGAAAGGGCAUUUUGUCUGUGGUAACAAACACUGCAAUGAGAGAGACGGUCUAGCAAGCUACGAGGUGAAUUUUUCAUAUGUUGAAGCAGAAGAAAACAAACAAGCCCUGGUGAAAUUGGUAGCCUGUGAGAGAUGUGCAGAAAAGCUUCUUUACAAAAAGAGGAAAGAGAAGGAUCAAUCUAGAGAGGACCUGAAAGAUAAGCAUCGAAGGAGAAGGGGAAGAUCUGCGAGUGAUAAUGAACAUAAGGAUGAUAAUUACGAACGAAGGAGAAGGGGAAGAUCUGUGAGUGAUGAUGAAAAUAAAGAUGAUAAUUUCAAACGAAGGAAGAGGGAAAGAUCUGUAAGUGAUGAUGAUACUAAAGGUGAUAAUUACAAACGAAGAAAAGGAAGAAGUAGAGGGUCAAAGGCUCCAACUUCAUCUGAUAAUCAAGAUAAUGAGAAUAUGGAUGAGUAUCUGGAGGGAAUGUUUCCUUGACAGGAGGCUACUGAUGUUUUUGUAGAGAUUUUGAAGUCUUCAUUAAAUUUGUUUAGAUUGCAACUAGGUAUUUUUGUCUGGACAAUGGAGAGGAAAAUUGGUAGGAAAGGCACAAGUAAUUUCGUAUUUUUGAAAGGGUAGACUGGUUAAGAAAUACAUGAAGGAACCUGGAAACACUGGAAGUGGGGAGCUCAAGUAUUCUAUUGAGUUUGUCUCUUCCAUGUAAAAGCAAGAAGUGUAGCAAGUGAUGUUUCUACUUAGUUUCAACAGUUUUUGCUAAUGAGUAGCUCCUCGGAAUGUAAAUAUAUGAUCCAUGUACACUUAUGUUGGUUAUGAAGCUUACUCCUUUGACCUAAUGGAUGUUUCAUCUCCAAUAUUGUAGAUCAAUUUAACGCACAAUGGCACAAGUUCAUCGAAAA